GAGGCAAUACUCGUGCUACAGGUAUGCUACUUCAGUACAAAAUACCAGGAUCAGAUGAAUUCAAACAGAUUAAAUUUACUGCUGGUGAAGAUUUCAAUUCCAAUAAAAAGCUAGCAGCUACCUGGCUAGCAGCAAUGCAUAAGGCAGCAAAACUUCUUUAUGAAUCUCGGGAACAAUAGGGAAUAUUUUGGAAUUGAGGGGAAAAGAUUUGCUCUAAAAAUAAGCUUACUACUUGCUAUUUACACAUGGUAUAGGGAUUUUCCCUUCCUCCUUUCCUACGUUAAAUGUGGUUCAUCAUGUGAGCACUGGCCAAUUAUAAUGUGAGUAUUUGGACCUAUAAGUAUUCACUUAUUUAGUGUGCAAUAUGUAUACAGUUUAUUAAUGCUUUAAAUAGACCACUGCAAGUCUGCAUCUACAACUUUAUUUUGUUAAAUCUUAUCUGCACUUAAUAUGUAAAAUGAAGUGUGACCUGCACUAUUGCUAAAUAUAUAGCACAACUUUUAUAAUGCAAAUUAUGUAAUUCACUUAAAACCAAUCCUCACUGUUCCAGAAAAAAGUUCUUCAGAAAUGUAGAUCUCAGGUUUUUCCCCCCAGAUAGCCAAAUGAUCUAUCAAAUCCACCUUAGGUAUUAUUUUAUAUAGAAUCUCCCUGUCUUCUGGUGAGGGGUUUGUAUCAUGAGAUUAAAGGUUUUUUUUGUUGUAAAAUUAAGAUUUACCAAAUACUACAAAUAGUGCUGUAUAAAUUGGCCUUUUUGAAUGAAACUGUCAGCAAAAUUGUUUUUGAGAUUUUAUAGACAUGUUUUGUGAUAAUUUGAGAUUUGGCUAAUAAAAUCUUAUUAAAUACUA